GCAACACGUGAUGAGAUUUUUUGCAUAGUCGUCUCACUAUGAUAUUAAAUUAAAAGAUGUGUUUAAACAGACAAUUGGACCGUAUUUAUUUAUUAAAUUAGCAUAUGUUAUGAGAGAUAGAGGAAUUGAAGCAGAUUAAUUAGUAGUGAGAUGACGAAUGAAGGGUGUUCUAGUUCAAGGCCAAUUAUAGCUUUUCCUCUGGGUCUUGGGCUUCUUGGAGUGGUCUUAAUCUGCAUAACUGGCUUCUUCUCUUGCUGCUACCACUGGGAAAAGCUCCGGUCUCUUCUUGGUGGGUCUUCUACUGUUACUGAUUCUCAAAUUAGUACCCAAUCAUCAGUUGAUGUUCGUAAUUCACCUUCCAAACCCAUCAAGAUGCCGGAGGCUAAACAGGACCGGAGCAUGACGAUAUUGAUGCCCGGAGAUGAUGUCCCCAAGUUCCUGGCCAUGCCUACUCCACUGCCUAAGGACUCCGGCUAGGGUCAUAAACAUCUUGGGGCUUGAAUUGGCUUAACGGAUUAAUCGGUCAAAAAAAAGUGGAUAUAUAGGUUUGUAGAGUUAGAUUGUUAUUUUUUUUUGAAAGGAGAGUUAGAUUGUUAUUAAGGAUCAAAGAGGUGUACAAACAAUUUGAAGAAUCUGUAAUUGUUAAUAUACGUUCUAUAUUUUAUC